GAGGUAGACUUUCCGGUAUAGCCCAAUCAGUCCCGAUUCUUCAUUCUCUCAGAACUCCUUGGAAUAUUUCUCUAAUUCGAUACUUAUCCCCAAUUUUUACUGUAGUCAACUCAACAGCUCCAAUUGAGGCAGAGAAAGAGAUAGAAAAAUGGCGAUACUGUAUGCGGUUGUGGCGAGAGGCACAACGGUGCUGGCGGAGUUCAGUGCGGUGACAGGGAACACAGGGGCGGUGGCGCGAAGAAUAUUGGAGAAGCUUCCAGGUGAAACGGAAUCGAGGCUUUGUUUCUCUCAGGAUCGAUACAUCUUCCACAUACUCCGAUCUGCUGGAUUCAGCUUCCUUUGUAUGGCCAACGACACCUUCGGAAGGAGGAUUCCUUUCUCAUACCUGGAGGAUAUUCAGAUGAGGUUCAUGAAGAACUACAGCAAGGUGGCUUCUUAUGCUCCUGCCUAUGCCAUGAAUGAUGAAUUCUCAAGGGUCUUACAUCAGCAAAUGGAGUUCUUUUCAAGUAAUCCAAGUGCAGAUACACUAAAUCGUGUCAGAGGAGAAGUUGGUGAGAUACGCACCAUCAUGGUUGAUAAUAUUGAGAAAAUACUUGAAAGAGGGGAUCGGAUUGAGCUCCUCGUUGACAAAACAGCAACGAUGCAAGACAGUGCAUUUCAUUUCAGGAAACAGUCAAAGCGCCUUAGGAGAGCUCUUUGGAUGAAAAAUGCAAAGCUCCUGGCGUUGUUAACAUGCCUGAUUGUGCUGUUCCUUUACUUGAUAAUUGCUGCUUGUUGUGGAGGCAUCACUCUACCUUCCUGCAGAUCAUGAAUUCUUUGGUAAGGAACACCAUAGCUGCCUGUAGUAUGGUUCAGAUUUUCAAAUGGAUUUAGAUAAGAACUAUAAAUCACUCUGAAAGGUUCUUGUAUAAUCAACCCUGUUAAUUCUCAUUCUGGCACCUUUCAGAGUACAGGUUAAAAGAAUGAUAAGGUUUGUAUUGUUGUUGCCUUUUUUGCCUCUACCAUGUUGUAAAUGCUCCAGUAAACUCCUAGAUUGUUCUAAAGCAUUGGAUCUUCCAUAUUAUGUAUUUGUAGAUAUUUGAUAAGUUCAAUGCCCUGUUUGUAAAUGUAACGUUCUUCUGUGACUUCA